GCAUAGAAAACGCCAUGUUCUUGUAAGAUGUCCCUUUUCCUAUUCAAAUACACUCCACACAACCACAACACACACACAGUCUCCCAUAUUUUCUUUCUUUUCUUUGCUCAAAAGCAACACUUCUUUCAAACCCACCCCUCCUCUCUCUCUCUCUCUCUCAACCCAAUUCCACAUUCUCUCUCCUCCCCAAAAUCCCUAUCAGAUCCCUUUCCUUUCUAUGUUGAAAUGGAGGCAAUGCAGUAGCUUUUGGAUCUAGAAUUGGGUUUUUUCUCUGGUUGGUCAUGUGAAGAUUGGUGGGUCUUUGAAGCCGUUGGUGUUGGGUUGAGAUGGGAUCGAGCAGUAGCAAACCCAAUGCUGCUGAGUCCUCGUCUUCAUCGUCUUCUAAAAUUCGUCGGAGUCGAUCCAGAGGAAGCAGAGUGUUCCAAUCUUCGUGUCUUACACCCUCGUCUGGAUCUCAAGACAGUGACAAUGAUGAGCAGGUUUCUGAUCAUCAUAAUAAAGAAAAUGGUUGUAACGACCUAAUUGCCAACCAGAUUAAAUCAGACUCAGAUCAAGUGAAAGCUGAAUGUUACAGUAAAGUUAAAGCUGACCAACCUGAUGAAAGAGCCUGUAUAUCUUCUAGCACUGAGCUUGAUGAGUUGGGUCAACCAAACCUUUCAGAUACUGUCUCUAGAGCAGUUGGUAGUUCUUCCAGAGCUUCCUCUACUCGGUCAUUGAGCCCUUCAAAUCACUUUCUUUCUCGCUUCAGCUUGUGCCCUGGUAAUGCAAGCUUCAGGCUAAGCAGAGCAACAAGUGUAGGGUCAUCAAGGGCUUAUCCUGGAGUAUCGACAAAUUUCACGAUUUCAAAUGAAGAGGGAGAGCUUCAUCGACACACAGGUCCUGCCCGUGGCUCGGUCAACAGAAAUGGAUCUUCACGAGGUCGAGACUUCUUGCCUGCAUGCCUUAUGAAUAGGUCACCCUCUCCACAGUACGAAGACUUCGCUUCUCGUAGCUUAGAGUCAAAUCCUACAAAUGGAUUUUCUGAUAAUUUGAUAGCCAAUCAGCUAAAUGUGGCCAGCGAGGUCAAUAAUCCUAGAGUUGAUUUCAAUGUAAAUUUGCGUUCUCAAAGAAACCAUACUGAUAUAGAGAUUAUGGAGACAAGACUUACUGAUAGACAGAUUGGAGCUCGAGAACCUGUGGAACGGAAUGUUCGCUUCAGUAGAACCUUAAGUGUUGGAAGACUCCGUGACAGAGUUCUUCGGAGAUCAUCAUUUCCUGACUUGCCAUUUUCUCCUUUGCAACAAGAGAGGGAAGUAAGAGAUGCUAUUCAGCGUGGUGGAACAAGGGUAUCAGCAUCCAUUGAGAACGCCUUGAUCUCAUCCACUUCUUCUGUUUUUACUUCAUCUGGCAUGCCUAGCUCAUUAUACACUAGUCAAGAUUAUGAAAUGGAAACCACGCAUGCAGGAGAAGCGAGAUAUCAUGAUCUCUUGGAACAUAGAUCAAAUUUCCUAGAACGGAGACGAAGAAUACGAUCUCAGGUCCGUGCUCUUCAGCGGUUGGGCAGCCGUUUCGAGAACCUGUCUGGACAUGAGAGGUCUUGCAUCAUAUCUGGUCAACAUCGGACAGGUCAUUGUGCAUGUCAUAUUAGGAAUCGAGAUGUUAAUUCAAAUGAUGACACCGGUGCUAGGGCUAGCAUAUCGAGAAUUGUCAUGUUAGCUGAAGCUUUGUUUGAGGUUCUGGAUGAAAUUCACCAGCAAUCUGUAGUUUUAUCUUCUCGGCCUUCUGUGUCUUCAAUUGGAUCUGUGCCUGCACCUAACGAAGUUGUGGAAUCUCUGCCUACAAAAUUGUAUAGUAAAUCCCAAAAGCAUCUGAAUGAGGAGGCUGCACAAUGUUACAUAUGCCUUGUUGAAUAUGAGGAAGGAGAUAGCAUGAGGAUUCUACCUUGCCACCAUGAAUUUCACAGAACAUGUGUGGACAAAUGGCUCAAAGAGGUUCACAGCGUAUGUCCGCUUUGUCGUGGAGAUAUCUGCAGACCUGAUUCUGUGACAUUGGAGAAUUAAGGCGACCAAUUUGCAGGUUCUCCAGCAAAAACAGGAUGUUCUGCAGUUUAGUGGUGAUGGUUUGAGAAGUUCUGUCUUUUUCUGCUGCUAUGGUUCUUGUUGGCUUGUUGAAUUUUUUGGUUGCACAUAAAAAACAUACAUUAAAGACUGGUAGAAAUGGACUGAACUGUUCAUGCCAUGCCUUAUCUCUCCCUUUGAAAUCUUGGAAGCUGCACAGAGAGAGAGAGAGAGAGAGAGAGAGAAUCUUCAUCAGAAGGGCUUUCUGUGUAAUUCUUUGAUUACUAUCUGGUUUCCUAAAUGCGUCUUGGUGUCUGAAAUGAUCAUGUUGUCUACCGAAUGAGGCUUGAGACUCUUAUCUCUCUCUAUUUUAUUUGUUUAAUAUUCUAUUAUAUAAAACACACAACUCAUAUUGUUGUGAA